AUGUUUCUCAAUUUCCGAAUACCUCAAGCGACGUACUAUGAAAUGGGUAUUAAAUAUUCUCGUUGGCAAAAGAAUGUUGACCAAACGAAGACGGAUGAGAUCAUUGAAACGAACGAUAAAGAUGGAACACAACGUGCAUCAUCACGUAGUUUAUUGCAAACGAAUCUCGAGCAUUUACAAAAGUUUUUCAGUAAGAAUUUCUACGAUGGAAUACCAUCGAGUACAGAUGAUAUACAAGGAUUAUUACAAAAAGGAGAUAAUGAUCCGAUUUUACCAUCUUUGACAAGAAAACAGCGUAUUCUGGGAUUUAUCACCUGUUUAGCAAUAGGUGUACUAUGUAUGACAAUAGCGACACUCUAUAUUCCUGUGAUAAUGAUCAAAGCACGAAAAUUUGCAACACUGUUUUCGUUUGGUAGCGUAUUUUUCCUAUCGAGUUUUACAAUGCUAUGGGGUCCGAUGAACCAUCUGAAACAUUUGAUUAAUAUCGAACGUUUACCAUUUACUAUUAGCUAUGUAGUCACUCUAAUUGGAACAAUCUAUUUUUCCAUCUGGAUUCAAAGUUAUUUCCUUACAGUUACUUUUGCUCUAUUCCAAAUCGGUGCUCUCAUUUGGUACAUCAUUUCAUACAUUCCUGGUGGUGCACACGGUUGGAAGUUUUUCUCGAAACUUUUUUAUACAUUUGCGGGGAAGACAGUGUCAGCGACAUUGACUGUUUGA